CAGACAACUUCAUAUUGAUCCGGAUAAAAACAAAACUAACAAUUUCUGCUUGUCAUUACCCUUCGAACGCUGAGACUAAUAACAACAAUGGAAUUGGGUGGAAAUGACUGGAUGUCCGCUAAGCAUAGUACUGGCACCACAAUUAUGGCUGUCGAAUUCGCAGACGGUGUUAUAGUUGCGGCCGAUUCACGUACUAGUCUUGGAUCUUAUGUUGCCAAUCGAGUUACUGACAAGUUAAAUAGAAUCACCGACAAAAUCUAUUGUUGCCGAAGUGGAUCCGCAGCAGACACUCAAGCUAUCGCUGAUAUUGUACAGUAUUCGAUGAGCUAUCACGAAAAUCAGACCGGAAAUGAGCCAUUGGUAUCGGAGGCUGCAUCCGAAUUUCGCAACUAUUGUUACAAUUAUCGCGACUCAUUGGUCGCCGGCAUCAUUGUUGCUGGUUGGGAUAAAGAGCUAGGCGGACAAGUUUAUUCGAUUCCAUUGGGUGGUAUGUUGGUUCGUCAAAGUUGUACAAUCGGCGGAUCGGGCAGCUCGUAUGUGUACGGUUUCAUUCGGGAAUUCUACCGCGAAGGAAUGCAGAAAGACGAGUGCGUGGAGUUUGUUAAGAAAACCGUUUUGCAUGCUAUGCAUCAUGAUGGAAGUUCGGGCGGUGUAGUGCGCAUCGGUGUUAUAACUAAGGAUGGCAUUGAACGGAAGGUAUUUUUCGCUCCACCUGAAGCACUACCGAAUUCUACACCGGUUGUGCGUAUGGUCAGUGCAUAAAGCGAUGUUUUUAAGGAAGAAAUUUAAGAAUGGAUCCUGAAUCGAAAUAAAAAUACAAUUUUUCUGGUAAAUA